AUGGACCGGCCGCCUCCGGCAAGACCGUCGUGGGGACGCCAAGUAGCGCAGGCGCUGGGCUGUUGGUUCCUCGACACCGGCAUCAUGUACCGCGCCGUAACCUGGCUGGCCCUAGAGCAGGGCGUCUCACCCGAUGACUCCGCUGGCCUCAGCCACCUGACGAAGGCCGUCAAGGUGCUGCCGGUAUCCAUGAACGGGAACUCGGUUGAGGUAUCGGGCCGGCGCGUCGGGCCGGAGUUGCGCGAGCCUCGCAUAGACGGCAAUGUCUCCAACGUCUCAAGGCACCCCGUCGUACGCCGGGCCAUGGUCGAACAGCAGUGGGCCUACGCCGAGUCAGUCCUGGAACGCGGCGGCAUAGUGAUGAUCGGCCGAGACAUAGGGACGGUGGUACUGCCCACGGCCGAGCUGAAGGUCUAUCUAACCGCAUCGGCGAAGGAGCGGGCCCGCCGCCGAUGCCGCGAUAUCUUGGAAAAAGGACAGCCAGCCAACUUGGCCUCUGUUCAAAGCGAUAUCGAAGCCCGCGACGCCAUCGACUCCUCCCGCGACGACUCACCGUUGCGCCCCGCAAAGGACGCCUGGCAGUUCGACACCACUGGCCUCACCAUCGACCAGGCCGUCAACGCCGUCCUGCGGAGAGCGGAAGAGCAGUGA